AUGGCCACUAUGCGCGCAGUAGACAUCCAAGGAGGCAAGGGCCCGGUCUCGGCCUUGUUCAUCAACUCGGAAACGCCCAAGCCGGUGCCCAAGGGCAGCCAGGCUCUCGUCAAGGUGAAAGCUUUUGGUCUCAACCGCAUGGAUCUCCUACAACGGGAGGGCAAGUAUCCUGUGCCGCCGCAAGCACCCAAGACCCUGGGUGUUGAGUUUUCCGGCACCAUUGAGUCGUUUGGAAGCGAACCGGAGCGCGGUUUCAAGAUUGGCGACGAAGUAUUUGGACUUGCCUACGGAGGUGCAUACGCCGAGUACCUCACGGUCAGCACGCACAUGCUGGUUCACAAACCUAAAGAAUUGACCUGGGAGGAGGCCGCCGGCAUCCCCGAGACAUGGAUCACCGCGACCCAGGCAUUGUAUCUAGUCGGCGAGUUCAAGCCAGGCAAGAGUGUUCUAUGGCAUGCGGGAGCCAGCAGUGUGAGCAUUGCCGGGAUCCAGCUCUGCAAAGCAGACGGUGCCUCCGCCAUUUACGUGACGGCGAGCACGCAGAAGAAGAUCGAUUUCUGCAAAUCGCUCGGCGCGACCGAGGGCUUCAGCUACAAGGAGGGCGACUGGUCACAGGCACUGUUGAAGUACACGGGUGGCAAGGGUGCGGAUGUCAUCAUCGACUUUGUCGGCGCCAGUUACUUUAACCAGAACCUUGACGCUGCAGCCCAAGAUGGACAUAUCGUAAAUCUCGGCACUCUGGGCGGAGCGGUCGUCAAAGGAGAUGUCGACAUCAGUCGUUUCUUACGCAAGCGCAUCAGAUACGAGGGCAGCACUCUGCGCAGUCGCGAUGAGGCAUACCAAGGUCGCUUGAGAGAUAUGCUGGUGGAGCACGCUUUGCCUAAGUUUAUUGACGGGUCUUUCAAGGUCGUUAUUGAGAAGGUCUUCAAGUGGGAGGAUAUACAGGAGGCACAUAAGCUGCUCGAGUCGAACCAGACUAUGGGCAAAUUGAUUUGUACCAUAGAUUGA